AUGUCGGAUUCCAUAGAGACCUCCAGCCUCCAAAGCGGAGUAAGCCAAGAAGACAUGGGCAGCAACGUGGACAACCUACAAGAAUCAGCAUCUCAAGACGAUCAGUGCACAGAAACUCCCAUUCAACCCCCGCCUACCAAUCCUCAGUAUGAGCGAUUAUGGAUACGGUACCGGACGGAGUAUCGCGAUCAGAAGACAAACAGCGUCGUCUGGGAAAAGAACUCUCGAACACCCAUUGACGACGGCCCUGAUGGCAUCGGUUCUAUGAAAGACCCGAUAUUUGAGGUUUUGACAACAUACAGAGCCAGAGGUGAUAAUACAACCGAGAAGCGCUCAUCCCGGACUGACAAUACCGAGGGGAAAGAUCCCCCACCGCGAUCUUUCGGCACUCCAGCUGCUUACAAGUUGCGGAUCUACUCGACAGCCAUUCGCAAUGCUUUGAACUCAGUUGUUCGGUAUUAUCCAAGCCAGUCACUUGCUGGUGACGUGCUUGAGAUCAAGUGGCCGUAUCCUGUCUUGGUGCACCACUACGAUCCACUUGUGGAGUUCCGCGAACAAGUCCUGUUGCAAGAGCCAAGCGAUUUGUGCGUGAGGGAGGCUCAUGCAGCCGAGGAUAUUCAGGCUCUUUUGAGCUAUCUCGAUCAGACCGUCAUGGACGACAUCAAGGCUGAGAUAUCCCGCCUCGAGAGAGGCUGCGUCAGCUUCGAUAACCUGUGGUUCAGCCACAAACCAGGAACAACGGUAUUGAAGUCUACCAGGGAAAACCCUCACUGGCGAGCAUGGGUGAUCAAGGAAGUUGAUGGUGGAACCUUCGUCGAUCCUCCUGGGCCGUGGAUAAUACGAGGCUGGUCGCUCGCCUUCAAUGGCCUGCAUCUUGAUCGUGUGCGACAAUCGAUCAAAUGUUAUGAAAUACUCUGUCGCUUCAUUCCUGAUACUACCGACAUCAAUGACGAGGAGGCCAAAAGACUCAUCGACUAUGGGAAAUCAUAUUGGAACCUCGUCCAGAAGCAAUGCAAGUAUCAUUUCGGUGAUUCUUCCACCUUCCCAUUCAACAAGGUUGAAGGGCUCGUGAUGACAGAUAUGCAGCAGUACUAUACGGCCAACAGUCGUCUGAAGCCGGACUUCCUGGACGGUUCCGAUCUUCGCAGAUGGAUCAGCGAUUGCAUCUGCGCUGUUUGCAGGAUGAAGUCGAUCAACCUCGAGACAAGCGCACAGUCCAUCUUCGAGAAGUACUGCAAGAAAACGCGACUUACUUCUCCGAAGCUCACUGAUCAUCAGUAUCUUCUGUGUCCGUUCGAAAUACCUGCAUUUGUCUUCAAGACACGAACAUGGGACACGUUUCACGUCAAAAACUUCAGAGAGCCACAAUUUCAGCAAAAGAUGAUCGACAGCUUAGUCACAGAUAAGGAUCGAGUAACAACUUUGAAAGCUCUUGCUGAGAGCUUCAUACGAGUGAACCAAGAUGGUGAUACUAUUGAGAGGCAAGCAUGGACUGCAGACUUUGUCAAGGGGAAAGGGAACGGAAUAACAUUCCUCUUGCAUGGAAGACCAGGUGUGGGUAAAACGUACACCGCAGAAUGCAUUGCCGAGUACACACGACGACCACUCAUGACACUGACAAGCAGUGACAUUGGGACAGACCCGAGCUUAGUGGAAUUGAAUUUGAUGAAACACUUCAAAACCGCGAGAAGCUGGGGAGCCAUACUGCUUAUAGACGAGGCCGAUGUUUUCAUGGAGCGGCGGUCAAGUAACGAUUUGACGAGGAACAGCCUCGUAGCGGGGUUCCUGCGUGCCUUAGAAUUCUACGACGGCCUUCUCUUUCUCACAACAAAUCGUGUUGGAGCCUUUGACGACGCUUUCAUAUCCCGGAUCCACGUCAAAUUGUACUAUCGAGAUUUCACUGAUAGUGAACGCCAGGAUGUAUGGAAGACCUUCAUCGAUAAACUCCACAGUGAUAGCACGGACUCGGAGUCGGGGAAGGUGUAUAUGCGAGUUAGUUUACCCGCCCAGGAAUACAUUGAGGGGGACCAAAUUCGAGCCAUUAGGUGGAACGGAAGAGAAAUCAGAAACGCCUUUCAGACUGCGGUUGCCCUUGCCGAGCAUGAAAACAAGCAGGACAGGGAGGGGACAAUUCUUGUAACCGAACGCCACUUGAAAUCAAUUUUGGCACUCUCCAAAGACUUCAAGAACUACCUGGCAGAACUAAACGACGGCCGUGAUGAGGAAAUGAGGGCUCAGGUGAGGAGAGAGAGGCUGGACGACUUUGAAGAUGCGUCUGGACCCAGAAGGUGA